GGGGAUGGGAAGGAUGUGGCUUAACGAGGGGAGGGAGUUACCGCCUUGCAUAUGUGGGGGCUAGGAGGGAGGUGGUGACUGAGGUCACUGAAUUCCGAGAGGUCACAAGAUCAUCCUGGGAUGGGAAGGACAGGUCAUCCCCACACUAGCCCCACCCCUUGCCAAAAUUGUAAAUAGUUGGCUAGAGAAGGGCCCCUCCCCAACCCCAGAUGCUCUUCCAGUGAAGUGAAGGUGGAGGACGGAACUUUGCCCUCUGGGACCGAAGACAGCUUGCGUGCGCCUCCGAGACCGCUUCUUCGGCUUUUCGAGAGCGGAGGCUUCUGGCUCCAGCUCCCCGACUUCCUUACUAGGGAUUUGUAAAGGAUUCGGCUGGAGCCAUGUCAUCAUCAGCCAAGGUCACCUGCUCCCUCCUCUUUGCUGUUGGUAUAGCUGCUAUAGGCUCCUUUCAGUUUGGCUACAACACUGGCGUCAUUAAUGCUCCCGAGCAGAUCAUUAAGGACUUUAUCAAUCAAACUUUGGAAGAGAGGAAUCAGGAGCCAGUCUCUGAGUUUCUGCUCACCUCACUUUGGUCCUUGGCUGUGGCCAUCUUCUCAGUAGGUGGAAUGAUUGGCUCUUUCUCUGUUGGACUCCUCGUCAACCGAUUUGGCAGACGAAACUCCAUGCUCAUCGUGAAUUCACUGGCACUUAUCGGAGGUGCCCUCUUGGGCUUUGCAAAGUCUGCCAAGUCAGUGGAGAUGCUGAUCCUGGGCCGUUUGGUCAUUGGCCUCUUCUGUGGACUUAGCACUGGCCUUGUGCCCAUAUAUAUUGGAGAAGUCUCCCCAACUAACUUUCGUGGAGCCUUUGGUACCCUGCACCAACUAGGUAUUGUUGUGGGGAUCCUCGUUGCCCAGAUCUUCGGACUAAAUUUCCUCAUGGGAACUGAGUCUCUCUGGCCAUUGUUAUUAGGCUUUACUGUCAUCCCUACUGUUCUGCAAUCGGUAGCCCUUCCAUUGUGCCCUGAAAGCCCCAGAUUCCUACUUAUCAAUAAGAUGGAAGAGGAUCAGGCCCGAACAAUUCUUGAGAAAUUGUGGGGCACUCGGGAUGUAGACCGGGAUGUCAAUGAGAUGAAGAUCGAGAGUGCUAAAAUGGCCCAAGAAAAGAAACCAACUGUGCUAGACCUCUUUAGGACACCGAGUUAUCGACAACCCAUUAUCAUUGCCAUCAUGCUCCAGCUCUCUCAACAGCUCUCUGGAAUUAAUGCUGUGUUCUAUUAUUCUACAGGAAUCUUCACAGAUGCUGGUGUUAAAGAGCCAAUAUAUGCUACCGUUGGUGCUGGUGCGGUUAAUGUGUUAUUUACUGUAGUUUCGCUCUUCCUGGUGGAGCGAGCAGGAAGGAGAACGCUUCAUCUGUUAGGCUUGGGUGGAAUGACCUUCUGUACUAUUGUCAUGGUUGUUGCCAUGUCUCUCAAGUCUGCUCACGCGUGGAUGAGCUACAUGUCCAUCGUGGCUAUCUUUGGCUAUGUGGCCUUCUUUGAAAUUGGACCAGGACCCAUUCCUUGGUUCAUUGUGGCUGAGCUCUUCAGUCAAGGCCCCCGCCCAGCUGCUAUGGCUGUGGCUGGCUGUUCCAACUGGACUUCUAACUUCCUUGUGGGGCUGCUCUUCCCUACUGCUGCGAAAUAUUUGGGAUCCUACGUCUUUAUUGUCUUUACCUUCUUCCUGACCCUCUUCUUUCUGUUCACCUUCUUCAAAGUCCCGGAGACCAAGGGCAGAACUUUUGAGGAUAUUACCCAGGUCUUUGAGAGCAAGAGUCAGGGUACCAUCAGCCCCACCUUAAUGGCAGAGAAAGGCCCCAUUGUGGAUGUGAACAGCAUUGAUCCAGCCAAGGAAUCUGCAACCUCCGCACUCUAAAAUCCCACCUACUUCCACACUUCCUCUUCCAGUCUUGCAACAUGGAAAAGCAACAUCUCCCUGAGGUGGGAAGGGGGACCCUCAUCAGGAUAUCUAUAACCCAGGACUGUUUCUGAUUGCUGCUACCGUGUUUCUUUUUCACCUUACUCCAUGAGCACUGAGAUGAAUCUGGUGCUGGAAUCAACUCAGCUUCACCGGCUUUUAAACAUUCAAUAUCUUGGACACUGUCCAUACUCUGCUAAAGAGAGAUCAGGUGAACUUGCCCUCGUUUCUGGAGGGAUUGGCUCCUUGGCACAUGUGCCAACCUUUCCACCUCUUCAUUUCUUUGGGUUCUAAUGAUGAUUCAUUGAGGUUCAGAAGAGUGGGUGUAAUAACUCUUAUCCCAAUAACUAUAACUAUAAGAGUAUUCAGUAGUAUAUAGGAGUUAGGGGUAGGAGAAAGGUUGGGGACCAAAUAAGAGAGCAUCUUCCUCUUUUUUUUUUUUUACAACUCUGCAGAGUGCAUUAACUUGAGUUUUAUUUAUUUUAUCUGCCGGUUUUAUUUCAUAAAUUUUUUUUGGUGUAAAAAGAAAGAAUUGCACAAAAUAACAAACUGUUGGGCAGAGAGAAGAGAGGGGUAUAAAAUUUAAAUAAGGGAUUGGGGGAGAAGUAGAAAUUAUUUUGGAGGAGACGACGCAAUAAGGAUGGAAGAAAUACAGGGAGAGAUGGAGUAGUGCAUUAAAGGGCAUGUGAAAUGGUACCGGAGGUCUUCACAUGACCUUUAGCAAUUUCUGUACUCCAUGAAAAUCAUAAUAAACUUGAAAGAAGUCAGGCAGUAUUUGUGAUGCCUGCAAAAACUACUGGUUUCCUUCGGGAUUUUUUUUUUCCUUUUUUUGGUUAAGUUAUAUACUAUUACUUGGGAAACUGCAAUAUUGUUGACAUUUUAGGCAGUGGAGUUGGAUGCGGUUGAUGGGUUCUACCUCUGGAGAAAGAUGAAUUUUCUAGAUAUUUCACUGAAAACUCCCCCUCACCAGAUAGAACUCCUUUCAUUUUAUAGCUUCUAUUUUUUUCCUCCCCUUUAGAUGGGAAAAUAGCGUUGAGGAUUAUUUCUCAAUACAGAAAGGCAAAUUUUUCCUUGUUUUUGUUCUUUGGGAUUUUCUUAGGUUUUGGGUGUCUUUGGUUUCCCCCACCCUUAAAUCCCCAACAGGCAUUUGAGGACAGGAUUUAUGGGGUAUUCACAGGGGACUAGAAAUUGGUAUGAAGGUAGAUUAUGGGGCUAAGGGUUUCAGUUCUAGGUGGGGUUUUUUGCCUGUAUUUCCUUAUUUCAAGUGAAGAAAUGGUCAUGGCUUCCUUGUAAAUGUGUUUGCAUCACACCACUGGAGAAGACUUGGGUGAGGUAUAGAAGGCUCACUCAUAGUUCAUAUUUAAUUUAGAUAGUAACAAUAUAUGUCUAAUGUCAUUGUCUCCUCCAUGGGCAAAUGUGUUUUAACUGGUUCAGGAAUGUAUUGUUGCUGUUAUGAUUUGUGUAUUACUACUCAUUUCUUCUGGAUGGGAUAAUUCUGGUUUCCUGUGUGUAUAAACUACUGCCUUGGGUGGAUGUGAUUUAGCCACCCUCCCUUGAAUAUUAAGUGCCCUGAGACAGAUAGACAUGUACACACACACACACACACACACACACACACACGCACGCACGCACGCACGCACGCACGCACCUACACAUCCAUAUAUACGUUCCACCUCCCUCAAUGCUGGCUAAAUUAUAUAUUUCAUUGAACCACCAAUAGAGUCCCAUGCUGAGGAUGAAAUAGCCUUUAGUGAGUUUUACCAGUUUAGGUGGAAUGGGAAAGAAAGAUGCUCUAAGUACUUGUAGAGGUUCAGGAUAGAGAGAAGGCUUGACCCCUCUGUAGGCAAAAUGGUAUGGAAGGGUUUUCCCUUUUCUCCAUAGCCACAUUGUAAAUAAUUCCAAAUGUAUUUUCUAUGCUUAUUACUGUUACUGUGGUUCUGUUUUUAAAUAAAAGUUUUAUUGUAAA